AUGUCCGCAGACGAGGCACGCCCGCCAAAGCGUGCCAGACAGGCUUGCGAGCCAUGCCGUCAAGAUGCCCCGGUGAACGGCCUACUUGCUCAUACUGUGAACGUCUUGGCCAGCAUUGUGAGUAUGCCGACGUCGCCGAUGAAGGAUCCGACUUUGCUCGGAAGGUGUGUUAGGCGCGAGCCUGUUCGAUCUGUCAUAGCAUCUACUACAGCGACUUCUCGGAAUAGACCGACAUAUCCAGAGUCUACGGGAAAUGUGCCAGUCCAAGAAUCCGUCACCCGAUAUCAAAGGAACGAGCAAACUGUUCUUUCCGCCUCCCGCCUAUUCCUGACUUAUUGUAGCUGCCAGCCACUUCCAUUAUUUCAUCAUGAUAGCUUCUUUGCUUCUCUCAGUGCCCGUGAUACUGAACUCGUGGAUGCAAUUCAAGCACUGGCAUUUCGAUUCAGCGAGGGAGGGAUUACAGAUCCUAUUAUUGAGCAGCAAAUAAACAUCCAAACGGAAAACUGUCGAAAACAAGUUAUGGACCGUCUUGCCAAUGGAACUGUCGAGUUGAGCACGUUGCAAGCCCUCUGUUUGCUAAGUCUGAUUGAACAUACUGCCGGUAACACGACUCGAGCUGGAGCCAAUUUAAAGCUUGCUAGCUACCUACUGGAAAGUUUGAAACCGAACUGUACAGAAUUUCCGAAGAACUUGGAAAACACGAGAGACGAGACUGAGCUGUGCCAUUGGAGCAUUCAUAUACUGUGCAACUUGCUAGACGACCCCUCUCAGUUGAGUGUGACUGCGCCUGGCAAUCAGCCAUACGGGGCCCCCCUUCGACCACAGGAACGGUUUUUCAUGCCAGGUCCUAAUCAUCGGGCCGAUAGGGGACUUUCAGAGCCAAAAGGAGACCAUGGCCUGCUUGCUUGUGUCAUUCGCCUCAGUGAUGUAUGGAAAUUAGCGAGAAUAUACGCCAGCACUCGUGUUGACCAGGAAUCUGCGCCUCCCUGGUCUCCACAGUCAGAUUAUUCAAUCAUCACAUUCAGUCAUACUGAAAUAGAGAGUCAAACUCCGCUCAAAUAUAGACUACAUGCCAGCCGGUUUCCAGACACAUCGCCUGCGGAUAUAUUGGAGAAAAGAGCAUAUUGGGGACCGUGGCUCUUCAUCCAACUAGUUUGGCAUGCCAUACCCUGUAUUCUCAACCAUCCAUUCCUUCUCUCAAUGCGUUUGAAAAACUUUCGACAUACGAUGCCGCAAUCUUUCUUGCGAAACUCAUUUGAACAAAUUACCUUACAUACAGGUUGGAUCUUGUAUUUCGUCGAUCUGCUCGAAACAAAGCAAUACGAAGUCUCGGAUCCGACUUUGGGCCAGUGUGUAGCGGUUGUUGCGACAAUCUAUCUACAGCACAGUUUCGUUGAUGAGCUGUCUUUCAGAGAGAAGGCACAGGCUGGGUUUGAGAAAUGUAUGAGAUUCCUACGGCGGAUGGCGCUGAGGUGGCCUCAUAUCGAAAGACAGGUACGGAAUCUGCAGCAGCUGAGAGACAGUAUCUCUGCGGGCGAAGUACAACAACAAGACCCAAGUUUACACGCAGCACGUGACUCAGGUCGUCAAUGGCUAUUCAACGUUAAUCUACUAAGUCAGAUACUAGAAUGUAAUAAUGCUAGCCAGGCUUACAAUCCGUCGGGGGAUAUUUUCGGCCCAGAGCUAGCCCGGGACAGAGUCGCUUAUGCUUCCAGAUCGGGCACUUUCACACCAGAUCCGGAUUUCACCUUCAUUGGAGUGCCAGGCAUUUCCGGGCAUAAGACCGUGGCCAAGGAGGUAGUAACCUACCCACCUAAUCAGCUGCAGUCGCAAGUCGAUUUGAUGUACCAUGUCUCACCCAGUGCACCUAUUGACCUAUCUAACUUGUUGGACAAUCAGCCUGGGCUACUGGACGCUCCCGAAGCAGCUUUUCUACAACCUUAUGAUUAUGGCAGAGCUAUUGAGAAUUGGUUGAAUUUUUCUGCCGCAUGA